AUGGCUUCAUAUCUAUGUAGUUCUCGUGGAGGAGAUCUAAAAAGACUUGAAGAUUCUUGGACAACAUUAAAUAAUGAUAAUAAUAAGACUGACGCUGACAGUGAAUUUUGGCUUGUACAUAAUACAUUGUAG